AGAGCGGGAUAUAAACUAUAAAAAUAAAUAAAUUGAAAUACAAAAAAUAAAUACUGUUUUCUCUCAAAAAACAAUAAUAGCACCUCUGCUGACUGGAAGAACUGCAGGCACAACCAACCACCACAAACCAGCGCUUAGUAACAAGCCUUCUAAUAUGAGAACAUCAUGAUGCCAUGGAAGAAGGCAAGUGGAGCUGAAGGACGGAAGAGGCGGAGGUUGGAGGCAGAGGAAGCCAAGAGGUCGAGCAGGUUCUUCGUGCCCUUCUUUACAAGGGCCAGAACAAGUAGCUCCACACCACCUUCCACAGAGUCACCAGCACCUGCUCCAGUGUUUUCGGAAUCCGAAGGUGGAUCAAGUGCACAUCCUCCACAAGUGGAGGAGGAAGUCCAGUCAGAUGAAGGUGGAUCAAGUGCACAUCCGCCACAAGUGGAGGAGGAAGUCCAGUCAGAUGAAGGUGGAUCAAGCGCACAUCCGCCACAAGUGGAGGAGGAAGUCCAGUCAGAUGAAGAAGCUGCCACAGAUUGUGUGGACGUGACAGGAGGGGAAGCCGGUGGUGAUGUUGAGUCUACUGAUGAGAGUGAGACUGAACCCAAGGAGGAGGAGGACACUAUGUGCAGUGAACCGGAUGCUGACCAAGAGCCUCUAACUGUUAGGCAGGAAGUGAUUGAGCGGCAUGACAUCGGACUUCUGCAGUUUGACCAGGAUACUAGAAGACCUAUUCUCCCUGACACGCUGAGAACAGAAAUGAUAAAGCUGGGUGCAAAGUAUUUCCAGAACUCUGAGGGGCCUUUCCUACCAACUAAAAACCGUGCAAUGAACAAGACUUGGUUCAGGGAGAGAUUGGGAAGUGGCCGUGGUGAGGAGGUGACUCGCAAAUGGCUGGUCUAUUCCCCUUCUAAGAGGUCAGCAUUUUGCUUCUGCUGUCUUCUCUUUUCCCGAUCAGAGCAUCAGUCAACAUUGGAGCAGGAAAGUGGAUUCAACCACUGGAAAGCACCUGAAAGGAUUCCUGUUCAUGAGAAUGCCAAGAAUCAUCGGGAGCACUUCGCACAGUGGAAAGAAAUGGAAAGAAAUAUAGCUGGAAACAGAGGACUCAUUGAUGCGGAACUUCGGUCACAGAUUAAGAAGGAGAAGCAGAGGUGGUGCAAAAUCUUGAAAAGAAUCCUUAACUGCAUCAAAUACCUUGCAACUCAGAACCUGGCUUUGCGAGGACAUAGGGAGUCACUUCAGCUAGACAAGGAUGACGCCAAUGUAGGAAAUUUCCUUGGCUUAGUAAAAUUAAUGGCUACUUAUGACCCAGUCAUGAAAGAACACCUGAACCAUGUGGAAAGUCAUCCUGGAUCCCCCUCUUAUCUCUCACCGGCAGUCCAGAAUGAAUUCAGCCACCUGAUGGCAUCCACUGUUCGCAAGAGUCUACUGAGAGGCAUUCGCAAAGCAAAAUACUAUGGCCUCAUGUUCGACUCGACUCCUGACCUGGCACACCGUGAGAAGACGUCACAAGUAGUUAGAUAUGUACAAAUUGAUUAUGAGAGGACUACAGUCCGUGUGAGAGAGUCCUUCCUUGGUUUUAUCCAGUUAAGCCGGAAGGAUGCUGAGAGCUUGACUGAAGACAUCUUGAAAAAGUUAGAGAAGGACGGAAUGGAGCUGCAAGAUUGUCGGUCACAGUGCUGCCCAAUGGAUAUGUGAGAAAAACAACCUGGCAGUGUUUGUGAAUUGCGACAAUCAUUCACUCAACUUGGUGGGUGUACUUGCAGCCAAAGAGGAUGUGAUGAUGGCGACAUUUUUUGGAACCAUUGAUGCCAUCUACGUGUUUUUUUCUCGCUGAACACAGCGCUGGCAAAAACUCAGAAACACCAUGCCUGUGUCAAGUCAGAGUCUGAAACCAGGUGGAGUUCAAGGACGGAAGCAGUGAAGCCAGUCAACAACCACCUGGAGGAGAUACUUCAAGUUCUUCAGGACAUGAGAGAUGAUGAAGAUGAGAACAUUGAAAGCAGAAGUGAUGCAGGGCAACUGCGCAACCACUUGUUGACUUAUGGUUUUCUGACUCUACUAGGUUUUUGGAAUAAGAUCCUCAUUCAAAUUGACCGUGUUCAAAAGAGGCUGCAUGAUCCUAGCAUGAACUUCCAUGAUGCUGCUGUGGAUUUGAAAGCCCUCCAGGAUCGUUUGGAUGGUGAGAGAGAAGUGCUGGUCAGUGAGGCACUCAACGUAGGACUUCGUCUCUGUCAAGAAUGGGAUGUCGACUUUGAAAGACAUCCGAGACGGAAAAAACCAAUGCCUGGUGGGAAAUCAAGAGACGCUGGGUUAACAGCUAGGGAGGAGAUGAAAAGAGUCAUGAAGGGAACACUUGACCGUCUUAAUAGAGAACUGGACGAAAGGUUCACUCGCCUGCAUGACACUGAUGCCAAGUUUGGGUUCCUUCUCGAUAUCGAGGGACUGUGCUACAGUGCUGACAGAGAGAACCUAAAGAACUGUGAAAAUUUCUGCCAAAUGUACAGCACUGAUGUUGAUGUGGAGCUAUAUGAUGCGAAUUUGGACUGCAGAAUGUUGCUAGCGGCACAGACCGACAUGAGAGUAGCAGGACCGGAACAGCUUCUCAAAUUUAUAGUUCAAUAUGGAGAUGAUGCCGCCUUCCCCAACUUCCGCAUUGCUAUACAGAUCAUGCUGACCAUUGCAGUUUCCGUUGCCAGCUGUGAAAGAUCAUUCAGCAAGUUAAAGCUGAUACUUUCCUGUCUGAGAGCUUCCAUGGGUCAAGGCAGACUCUGUGAUCUUGCUCUGCUGAGCAUAGAGAGAGAGGAAACAGACCAAACUAACUUUGAUGGCAUCAUAGACCAAUUUGCAUCUAUGAAAGCAAGGAGGGCCAAGUUAUGAUUUUCAGGCAUGUCAUAGUUUGCUAAUUAGAAAAUUAAUGAGCGUGAGUUGCAAUUUCUGCAUUUUUGGUUAUUUAUUGCAUUUUUGGUUAUUUAUUGCAUUUUUGGUUAUUUAUUGCAUUUUGAAAUUUUUGGUAAUUUUUGUAAUUUUUUAAAUUUUAAAAAUAAAAGUUUU